GCAACUAUUUUGAUGUCAGCUUAAACUGGCGACACCCUAAGACAUAACCUCAAGUUUUUCUUUGAUCAUGGCGUUUUUACAAGACAUUAAAGAACUUUUUCGUCCAUAUUACUUAGUAAACUGCAUUUUAAGUAUUUCCUUUCUUGUAUUAAAAACUGUAUCUCCCAUGUGUAUGUACUUAUUUCCAGUGGGUGAAUCUCAAUGUGAACUGGACAUGAAACAAUCUGAAAUCAUGUUUUUCCUUCUCUUCGUGAUUGUGAUGAGAGCAAGAAAGACUGGAUCUGUAACAAUGUUAGCUUAUCUCUCGACAGGUUUCAUGUACUGCAAAGUGGCUAGUUUAAUACUAUGGUUCAAUGCUGAUCCUAGAUAUGGUUUGGUAUUUUUGGUGUUAUUUGUUUUGCAAGCAAUCCUGUUUCCAGAACCUUCUUACACUGGUCCAGAAAAAGUUGUGUACUUUAGAGGAACAACUUUGGAAGAGGAGCUUAACAGAGAUAAGAGAGUUGUGUGGAUUGUUACAUUCUACACUGUCUGGAGUCCAAGCUGUGUUAAUUUUGCAUCAAUUUUCUCUAAAUUAUCAGCAGAAUAUACACUGGAUAACUUGAAAUUCGGUAAAGUUGACGUGGGACGAUUUCCUGAAUUAGCAAAAAAGUAUUACAUCAACGACACGUCGUUUAGUCGUCAGCUACCUACCAUCAUUGUGUUCAAGAAUGGUGAAGAAUAUGAUCGGAGACCAGCUAUCGAUAGCAAAGGGCAGUUACAAAAAUUCAUCUUUAAUGAAGACAAUGUUAAAGUUCAACUAGAUUUCAACAAUAUUUAUAAUGAAUGCAAGAAAAACCCAAUCAAGGAGAAAAAAGAAAAGCGCGUGAAGGCAGAGUAGAGAUUAUUCUUCCCGUAGUUAUUUUUAGGUGUGUUUUUAAUAAAAAUGAGAUGAAUGAUUUUUAA